AUGGCGCAACCUUCGGGACUCUUCAGUGUGCGCAGACCAAGAGAGACUCUAGGCAACCUUCAGAACUUCUCCGGCAUACCUCAACCGGCCUCCGCUGUCAAGCGCUCAAGCUCAAGCACCGACCUACGCAAUGCCCCAUUUACAGCCCAACAUGCGCGGUCGACCUCCGUAAACCCUGCUAUGGGUCGACCACCGCAGCCAAACUUCCAGCGAUCCUCGUCUGGUAGUAAUCUUGCAGAUAUGGGCAUGUCAACUGCCAGGCGCUCCGUCUCCAAUAAUCCUUUCGCAAGCAGCAGCACACAUCGACAGUCCCUUGCGCCCAGCGCGAUGUUUACCCAGCAAACUCCUGCUUCUACGAGCAUACAGCGGCGGAGCAGUAUAUACUCACGACCAUCCAAUGGUGGGCCAAUCUCGCACCAAUCGUUCUUUACCCAGCCACCUCCACCAGCAGGUAAGCCAGAAGAUCCUCGACCACUGAAGUCUCGAGUCUACCAAGACAAAAUAUCGCAAGAGCUUCUGGAGUACCUGACACACAAUAACUUCGAGAUGGAGAUGAAGCAUUCCUUGACUGAAAGAUCGUUGAAGUCACCGACCCAGAAGGAUUUCAAUCAGAUCUUUCAAUGGCUAUAUCGGCGAUUAGAUCCUGGUUAUAGAUUCCAGAAGGGCAUGGAUGCAGAGGUGCCUCCUAUCUUAAAGCAACUACGAUAUCCCUACGAGAAAAACAUCUCAAAAAGUCAGAUCACCGCAGUAGGCGGCCAGAACUGGUCUGCCUUUCUGGGAUUGCUUCAUUGGAUGAUGCAGCUCGCGCAGAUGAUGGACAGGUACAACUCAGGCUCGUAUGAUCAAGCAUGCGCGGAAGCUGGUGUGGAUGUUUCCGGAGAUAGAAUUGUCUCCCGCUUUCUUUUCCAUGCAUACCAAGACUGGCUUCAAGUUGGUCCGGACGAUGAUGACAAUGCAGAAGAUGCGCUCAUUCCUCACGUGCAAGCCAUGACCGCUGAGUUUGAGAGAAGCAACGCCAAAUUUGCGGAAGAGCUGGAAAUGUACGAAGCAGAGAACAAGGCUUUGAAGGCACAGAUCGAAGAGGUGGAGAAAUCUGCACCGGACAUUGCAAAAUUGGACAAGCACUUCAAGAUUCUGGAAGAUGAUAAACGCAAAUUCGAAGACUACAAUUCCAAUGUGCAGUCGAAGAUCGAGAAGUACGAGUCUCGAAUCAAGAUUCUCGAUAGCGAGAUUGAGAAAACCGACAUCGAGCUCAACACUGCCGAGGCCGAACGUUCCGAACUGCAGCAAGCGGUCGACAAACAAGGCCUCAACAUCCAAGAUAUUGACCGCAUGAACACAGAGCGGGAAAGACUCCAGAAGAGCCUCGACGACAUCCAAGCCGCCCUCGACGAGAUCAACAGGCGCGUCCUAGAGAAAGAAAUGGAAACAGCAGGCAAACUGGAAGACCUCGAAGCGGCAAUCAAGCGCUACAACUCGCUCGGCUACCAACUCGGGCUCAUCCCCUCCACCGCUCCGAACGCCAAGGGGCAAAGCUACGAACUCAGCCUCAACCUGCCCGACACGAACAACCUCACCCAAGCCUUCUCCUCCUCUCUCUCCAACUCCACCUCGACCUCGCACCGCCGCCACCACACCCCGGAAACCGACCGAUUACUCGCCGACACCAACCUCGGCCACAGCGCCAGCACGCUCCUGCACCCACACCCGAGCCUCCGCCCGACCAUCCGCCCCGCCCUGCUCAGCCUCCGCAAAGAAAUCUCCAGCCGCCGCAAACACCUCCACUCCAGCACGCUCACGCACCUCGACCUCCUGACCUCGCUCUCGGACGCGCUCUCGGAGAAGAACCGCGAGAUCGACACGCUGACCCACGCGGUGCGUCUCGCCGAACACGCCUACCACGCCCAGUACGACAUGGCCGCCACGCAGCACACGCAGUACACGGCCAGCACGGAGAAGCUGGAGGCGGAGCUGGUGCGCAUGCGGCGCGGCAUCGACGAGGGCGCCCUGCGGCUCGAGCAGCGCGAGAUGGAGACCCAGCUGCUGUGGGAGGCGAUGCAGGGCGAUGUGGGCAGGGUGCGCGAGGGCCUGCAUCGCGGCGUCGAGGCCGUGUUGGAGGAGGUGGUCCGCUUCAAGGUGCGCGUGCAGCGCGGCUUGGAGGAGUUUGAGGGCUGGGUCGGCGGCGAGGUGGAGGGCGAGCUGUUGGAGGAGGAGGAGGCGGGGCUAGGCAUUGCGGCCUGA